UUGUGUCCCCGAGGAGCAAGCGGCCUUCGGAGCGCACUUGUCGAGGCUCGGCGCGGGGAUGUUUCGGGUAAAGUUGCGAACGAAGUUGGAAAUGGCCAUCAUCGCGAUGUGCGCUCUGUACCUCCAUUCCUGCAGGACGGCGAUCAGGAGGUCUCUCUCCGCCUCGAAGUCGCGAGAGUGGGCUCCAGACACUUAUAGGAGGAUCCAGGCGGUGGAGGUUCUGGACCCCAAGGAGGAGGCGUCCAUGAAGAAAAUCCUCCAGUGGAACUACUACAACUUCAAGCUGGAAGAAGGCCACGAGCCAUUCGUCAAGCAGGGCUGCCGCUACACCAACUGCGUGUUCACGAAGGACCGCAACCGCUACCCUCUAUCGCAGCUGGACGCCGUCCUGUGGCACACCAACGCGGCCGACGGCAGCUUCCCGGAUCAGAGCAACAGGUCCCCCCACACCCGCUACGUCAUCGUCACCCAUGAGGCGUCGUACCACAUCCGGGGCAUGAAGUCGGGGAGCCUCUCCAGCUACAACGGCGUCUUCAACUGGACUCUGCACUACCGCGGCGACGCAGACAUUUACGCGCCCUACGGCACGUACGAGGCCACGAGCAAGCGGCAAAUCGGGAGGCAGGCGGCCGUCAUGAGGAACAAGACCCGACUGAUCGCUUGGUUCGUCUCCGACUGCAAUUCCAUGAGCGGCAGGGAGGAACUGGUGAAGCAACUGCAGAAGCACGUAACAGUUGAUAUUUACGGGGCCUGUGGGACUCUCACCUGCAUCCGGGGAAAGUCGAAUUGUGGGGGCAUGUUGGAGCAGAAGUACUACUUCUACCUCGCCCUCGAGAACUCCCUUUGCGAAGACUACAUCACCGAGAAGCUUUAUUAUACCUUGAGGAACUACGUGGUGCCCGUCGUGUGGGGCCUCGGCAACUACGUCAGGAACGCCCCCCCGCACUCGGUCAUCAACGCCCUUGCCUUCCCCAACGUGACAGCUCUGGCAAACUAUCUGAUCUAUUUGAAGAACAACCACACGGCUUAUUAUGAAUAUUUCUUAUGGAAAGAGAAUUACAAGCCGGUCAUUCGCGGGGACAUCCUGAAGAACGCCAUGUGUGACAUCUGCGAACGCCUUCACACCGACAACACCACGAAGGUCUACAAGGACAUCCACUGGUGGUUCUCCCCCGAGAGGCAGUGCCUGACCAUCGACAACCCCAAAAUUGCAGCGUUCUUAGGCCGACGGGUCCCCACUUGACCUUCUUCUGCUGUGGCCAUCUUCACCCUGCGGUCGCCAGCCCUUUCUUCCUUCGGAUUGGCAAGCCUUCUCUCCUGGAGUUGGCAAGAUUCUUCUCUGAGUUUGGCAAGCCUUCUUUCCUGGGAUUGCCAAGUAUCUUACCUAAGAGUCACCAAGCCUGUGUUCUGGAUUAGAAUAGUAUUUUAGAAGGAAAGUUUCCGUGCAUCUACAGUUUUGUUCUUGAUUAGUAAAACAGAA